AUGGGGGACUCGGGGCCGCGUCGAUCCGAUCACUACUCUCCUUACUCUCCUUCGACCUCUUCUUACCGCGGAGACAGGCACUACGAGCCCCCUCGCGGCCCCCGAUGGUCUCAGCAAGAUUGGAGGGACAGAGAAGCGCAGAGCUCCAGGGAAGGGCCGUAUAGUCCUGUAACAGCGGGCUAUUAUGGUCCAGGAGGCUGGUAUCGCCAGAAUGACUCGCCUUCAUCGUCCUCGUCGUCGUAUCGAAUGCCAGGUCCUGCUCCUCGAGUUGCCCCUGGACCCAGCACCCUCCCUGCUCGACCUGGACUGCCGUCACGACCGCAAGCUUCUCCCCCUCCUUCAGCAUCAGCUUCAGCUUCGAUGAGACCCCAAGUGCGUCCACCUCCGCCUCCAACAAAGAUCCAGGCAAAAGCAGCAGCCAAGACUCAUGCUACCGCUGCACCAACCCCUCCGACUAUGAGGGCCGAAGACCAUCAACCGAACGCCGAAGGUCGCUCUCGCUUGAGGAGACAUCAUAUACCCACAGCCCCACCGAUGAUUCUGCCCACUAAGAGACCCCCACCUGCGCCGCUUCGUGUACUACCUACCACUGGAAAAAGAGCUCCAUCGAGACCGAAAGGUCAGUCACCUGCUCGUGACAGGGGGAAUGGCAAUAGCAUUGCCAGACCGAUCGCACCUCUUGGGAGACCGGCGAUGGAGGGUCGUGCGAAGCCUGUCAUGGCGCAAGAGAAGUCGAGAGCUGUCCACCAGCUAUUACCAUGGGACAGACCAAGCGAAGCCACGCCAGAGGAGGGAGAGGGGCAGUUGGCAGAUGCAGGGCCUCCACCGAUGGAAGAGGCAAGGAAACGAGCGCAUCGUCGGCCUAGAACCGCCCCUCACGCUCACUUGACCAAGCCAGACGGAGAUAGCGGGCCGGAAGAGGAGGUGUUCCCCUUGGAGGAGGUGCUACCGAUACCAACGGCAGAGGUACAGGUCCUUCGCUCGGAUCAGGAUACAAACCGCAAGCAAGAGCGUGCGGACAAUCAAACGAGUGUCAGACGAGGCAAAGGAGAUGAUGCAAGGGCCAGCGAGGCUUCGAAGGCACAGCAGUCUUCCGUUCAGACCCCAAAGAAGACGAAAGGUCAGAAGAAGGCAGAAAAGAGAGCCGCCGCUGCUGCUGCUGCCGCCGCAGGGAGCGCAUCGAGUAUCAGCGCCGGCUCACCGCACCAAGCAGCCUUCACCUCGUCCUCGACUGACGAAUGGCAACCAGUGACUCCCCCUUUGAGCAAGCUCACUCAGAAAACCGGCACUCAGGUCAUCUCGUCACCGCUGCCUCUUCCGACUCGCAUGCAACUCUCUUCUAGUGACGAGCAGAGUUCUUCGGGGGGCCUCACAAAGGCCCAACACAGGACGGCUAUGAAGGCUGCAAAGAAGCAACGAAAGAGUGAAAGUGUCGCGAGCAGAGCUGCAGCGGAAGGCAGAGAGGUCGAUGCGCCGAAGGCCAAGAAAACAAAGAAGGAUGACCGAUUGGCGGAAGACGGCCAGCCUCCCGAAGCUCUGCAGAAGGAACAAGGCUUAUCUCCUUACCCAUCGAUGAGCAGCGAUCCUACGCCUCUUUUGAGCCCGCAAAGAGAGCCUACCAUAAAGUCAGAGGUAGCCGAGGAUCAGCACAACGAAGACGCAAUGCGUCCUAUCCCCGGCUCUACAGGCGAGAGGAACGAUGAGAGACCUGCAUUAGUACUCAGCUUCCGGGACGACGAUUCGGACACUGCCGGGGUAGAGCUUGCUAGCUUCACAGGUAGUAAAGAGCCAGCGUCAGCGCCCUCUCGAUUUGCAGACGCGACCCCUACGGAUGAAGAUGUAAAUUCACUUGAAGCGGGGAGCCAGCAAAGGCAGAUGUCCGUCUCAUCAGACGAUAUCCCUCUGAUCACAACGCUAUCGAGGAAGGCCGCUGGCAGAUCAGGCAAUGGUCUUGUUGCCCCGAAAGAGGAAGCUAGUGCUGGUAGAUAUCGAGGCACCUCCUUCGGUCCGGCCAGGAGUCGAAGUCACUCGGAAUCGACGAACGAGAUACCCAGCUCCACUCUGCGCUUGAGCUCGCGGCCUGAUAGAAUCGAUCUGACGGGGAAGCGCCAAGCAUACCUUGCUUGGCGCUGGAAGUGGAUGGCUAUGCUGGAAAGCCAGUCGUCGCUUUCGAAGAAUGACAAGGACAGCGCAUCAUCCUCAUCUGCCUUGCUGGCCAUCACGCCGAAGGGAAAGACGUCUCUUCGCCUCCUCUCAGCAGGGACGGCGAGCCCGGCCUGUUCUCACGACUUAUCGUUCCCAGGCGACAUAAAUAUCGAAGCAGUACGCAGGGUCUCAAGUCACGCAGUGGCCAUUGCUUCUUCGAGCAAUAACCGCGUAGGCGAGGGUGGCCCGCAGGUCUCACUCGUCUUUGCAAAGGAUAGCAUGAGGCAAGCAGGACCCAAGAAGAGUGACGAUGACGUGGAGAUGAGCGAGCUCACUGCGCGUGCUUCUGCGAUCCAUCUGAACCAACGUCCUCACAUCACCGGUGCAACCUCCAUCGCACCUUUUCUACCGCUGAGCGAUCGAGACGCUCUGACAAUGGUGACUGGCGGAGCUGACGGCGCCGUCUUUGCCUGGUCCUACUCUGGAUCUCACGCCAAGUCGACGAACACUACUCGCUUACACGCUCUGCACAGCGGCACAAUCACCGCCCUCGAAACGUUGCCGAAGUUAGACCUGGUUGUCUCUGCCUCUCCCCUGAAUCAGCACCGAGCAGGGGGAGCUACGCAGCUCGUGGCCUUUGACGCACGCGAGACGAAGCUGCUCCACUCGUGGAAGAGCUCGGACAUCGUAGCGCACCUCAGUCGUACGACACACUCCCGCCUCCUCGACGUGAGUCUGCUCCGCGCCGAUUACGAUCAGCACAAGCUGUACGACUUGCGCGUUCCCACCGGCGGCGGUGAGAGUGGCGGGAGUACAUCUGUCUCCAGCUCAAGCCACGCUCCUACAAAGCCUGUCCUCUCCUUUGGCUGGGCGAGCGAGUACGAUCUACCCUUCCUUGGGCGAUCAGCCUUCAAGAGCAACUACUGUAUACAAGGCUGUCCGGACGGGAAAGUGCGGACGUGGGAUCUACGCUGGUCCUCUGAGGUGCUGCAGGAAGUGAGCGUCGGGGAGAAGGGUAUGCCUAUAAGCGAUGUGCUUGUUUGGGACAGGAACAAGGUCAAGGGCAAGGAGCGGACGAGGAAUACUGAUACCCAAAGUGGUGGUGACGGCGGUGAUAGCGGUACCUGUGUCAUGGCACUGUCUCCCGAUGCGGCUUGGAGGAUACCCCUGGUCUGA